AAACUGGGUGCUCAAUGUUUUCUGAGAAACAGUGACGCGGAUUUUGAGGCAUCUCCACGCAGGAGUCUCUCAUCUCCCCUCCUUUGGGCAGCGCAGUGAAGGAGAGAGCUGCUCUACACACAGCAUCAGCAGCAGCAGCAUCAGCAUCAGCAGCAUCAGCAGCAGGCAUCAAUCCGAGCGCUUGCCGGGGUGCCUUGCCCCCUACUUAAGACAUGGCGUCUGAAGACCGAUCGAUGGCAGACCGCUGAGGAAGAGGAGUGAGUGAUGGAGUCUCUGUUUGGAGGGGAGCUGGGAUUGUUGGGAGGAAGUGAGGGCCUGAAGGAGGAUGGCUGCUGGGCAGGAUCGCCCUUACCUGAGGAUAUGUACUCAGCAUCCCACUUCGCCCUCAUCAGCGCUUACCAGGACAUCAAGACCCGACUGGCCGGCCUGGAGAGGGAGAACACCGACAUCAAAAGGAAGCUGAAGCUUUACGAGAUAAAGUUUCCUAUGAUCAAUGACUUUGGCGAGGACAGGAACUCCUACUGCUCCUUCGAGCCCAAAGAUACAGCCCUGCUCCAGUCUGAGAACGGCAAUCUGCAGCAGAGGAUCAACAUCCUCACCCAUGAGCUUCAAAAGAGUAAGGAGCGGGAGGAGCAGCUGGAAGAUGUUAUUCAGGCCUAUGAGAAGAUCCACAUGGAGAAGACUAAUCUCCAAAGAGACCUGGACAAGAUGACAUCUCUGGUGGAGAAGCACAUGGAGCGCAUCCACAGUCUGGAGGCCGCUCUGAGGCAGCGAGACAGCUCUCUACACAAAUUCAACACACAACUGCACAGCAAAGACAUGCAGUACCUGCAGCUACAUGCCAGUCCUGACACACACAGGCUAGACUGCCCAGCUUUGACCCUCCAGAGCUCCCGCAGUCUGGAUACUCUCUCCGACCUGAAACUGCAGAGGCUGGAGGCGGAGCUAGAAGGGGCGCGGCAUGAGGCCCAAGGGGCGUGUCAGAGGGAGGAGGAGCUAAAGGCUGAAUGUGAAAGACUGCAAGAGGAGCUAAGAGAGCUUCAGAACAACCAGAGACAACAGGAUGUGAGCUCCACUUGUGCCCAGUGUGACAUGGAAUGGAUAAAGAAGGUGGGAGAUGAACAAGUGAAUCUGGCUCUGGCCUACACUGAGCUGACUGAGGAGCUUAGCAGGCUGCAGGCACUGAGCACCAAACAGACAGAGAUCCUGAGGAAAGCCUCACAGGAAGACACUAGCCCAGUUCAACGCCAUUCUCCUGUGCCUCACCAGAGGCACUCGCCUGUUCCGCAACGACAUUCCCCCAUCCAGCAACGCCAUUCCCCCAUCCAACAGCGUCAUUCCCCAAUUCAACAGCACCAUUCCCCUAUUCAGCAGCGUCGCUCUCCAGUGCCGCAGCGUCUCUCCCCGGACAUGCACCGCCGCUCGCCCCUGGCCGAACUUAACGAUGGCCCGGCUUCCUACACAUGCAGACCUGCUACUCAACACCUAAGAGCCAGUUUCCAAGGGCGCCGCAGUUAUUCAGAGGUUGCAGACCCUUCAGCCUAUCAGCGUCCACCACGGUUCACCCUUGACCCCGUGUCCACCUUGCCUAAGCCCCGUCCUUACGUUGAGAGCUACCACAAACAGCAGCAACAACAGCAACAGCAGCAGCAGCAUGGCCAUAUCCUGGCCCAAAGGCGAGGCUCCCAGCCUGGGAUUCAGUCCAUAGGAGGGGAAGGAAGUAUGGCUCAUGAAUCACCUAGACACACCAGAGAGCUCUCUUUCCAGCAUGCAGAAUUGUCACAUCUGCAUUAUGAGCCUCAGCCUGCUCCAGCAACACUUCAUACCUCUCCCCAGCCACCACACUCUUCAGAGGAUGAAGAAGAGUGGACCUGCCCUCACCCCAUCAGUCCCCCGCGGACUCUGGGGACUUCUGGCCCCACCUCCAGCAUGAGAGGCCCUGCUUCCUGUUCAGCCUUCCCCAUCCCAGCUCGCCCCAACACCUUAAGCUGCCACUCACCUGGAUACCUGCAUGCAGAACAUGCCCAGUCCUGGCCUUCUAUUAAUCUGUGGAUAGAGACAGAGGAGGAGAGUGAUGUGAGGAGCUGCCCGCUGUGUCAACUCAUCUUUCCUGUCGGUUACCCUGAUGAUGCCCUGAUCAAGCACAUUGACUCACACUUGGAGAACAGCAAGAUCUGAUACCACAAUCACCACGCUGUCCCUAAAACCCACUUUAACACUCAUCAACUGUUAAAACAGCUUUAGGUGGAUGAUUUUAAAUUAAGAGGAGAGCGGGCCAUCUGAGCCAGAUCCACAUAACCCGAGGAUUAUCAGAGAUUUACAGUAUGUAGUGUCUAAGGUUAUAAUUAGGAAUGGCACUAAGAGAUAAAGGUUUAACAACACCUUCCUAACAUAAUGUUGGCUUAAUUUCAUUCUUUCAACUAUUAUCUAUUUUGAUGUCAAGCUAAAUCUUAGAGUUGUUACAGGCCAACUCUCCUAAGCAGACAAUAAAACAGUCGUAUACAGAUACGCCGCAAUAACCACAGUGUUCAUUUGGCUCCAGGCUGACUUCUAAAAAAACAAGAGGCAUUAUUUCGACACUGGAGAUUUUUGCUGUGCAGGCUUUCUUCUGUUAUUUUAAACUAUAGCUUCCAUAAUUCUUCAUUGUCUGUUUCAGUCCUGCCCAUAGAGGCGCAUCCAAAAGCCACACAGUUAGUUAAACUUCAUAAUGAGUGAUUGAAGACUGUGUGAAUUUAGAGAAGAUGGUGUCCUGCAGGGCAGGACAUCAUGGCCAUUGCAAAAGUGUCAAUAUAGUACACUGGCCAAUGACUACAUUUGUAUGUGGGUCUAAAUUUCAGCACUUUAUACAAACCCUUAAUAUCCAAUCUAUCUUUACAAAUAUUACUAAACACUAAGGCAAAAACAUGCAGUAUAGAUUAUAUUUAUUUUUAAUAUUACCAAAUGUCUCUCUUAAUUACAUCUUAGAUUGCUAGAAUGUCCCUUUAACAAAACUAUACAUGUAGAUGUAUGUAGUUCAUAAUAUAGUACGCAUAAUAUGUCAACUUGGAACUGCAUCUAUUGUUUGUCUUCCUGUAUACCAAGUUCUUGAAUGAAGAAAAUUAAGGAACAUUACCAGGACAUUUUUAAAUUUAAUUUUUACCAGGUUUUAAGUUCCUAGGCUUAACAAGACUAAAUAUGAUGAUAUUGCAUUUUCAAUACAGCAUUAAUAUGACUAUCACAGUUAUUCCACUUAUUAUACAAACAUAAUCUUUUUCCUACAGAGUCAGCACUCUGAAACUGACUCAUUUUCCAGUGAACUAAACACUCGAUAGGAUGGAUGCCUCUAAGAUGUACUUGACAAAAUAAGGAUCCUUUUUAUGACCAAAUUGCAAAGCUGUUGUAUCAAAAUGCUUUACUUUAUGUACCAUAAAUGUACUUGAUCUGUAUUUAAAACUAUUUAAGUGUAUUAAAUUGUAAAAUCUACUAUGUAUAUAGAUAGGCAUUUUGCAAGCUCAGAGGAGAGAAAAUAGCUUCCUGAAGAGCAAAAGGAAAGUUUGCUAACUAAGAAUUACAUGCUUUGUUUUAAUUCUACCCUGGAGGCAAAGACAAGAAUACAGUAAGCUAUGUUAAUUAGCUACAUUUCUGGCUACUCUCUCUAGAGUGUGUCCUGUAUUGUGAACUCUUUCUGCAAUUUCUAAUACCACGGUGAGUAGCCAGGACACGUAAUAUCCCAGUGACCCAAUUAUUGAGCUACUAAAGAGAGAAACUAGAACAGCAUGAUCACGCCAUUAAAGCCUAAAUUACAUACUCAAAUAUAACUAUGAGCAGACACUGGCUGUCACAUAGCAAGGGAAGACCACCAAAACUAAAUGCACUGGCAAAAUUAUAAACAGGAAAUGAAGACAGUUUAGUAACCUGAUGGCUGAGAAAUACACUUGAUAUCAUGCUAUAUGAAGAGGACCAUUUAGUGUGGCCAUAUGAGUGGCCAAGAAAUUAGACAAACAGUACACUAUGAUCAUCACAGAGACAGAUUGGGAAAAACCAGGUUUAUAUCUAGACUGAAAAUAAUGACCAAGUACCAAUCAAGCAUACCAUCUUCAUAUUGGUUAAAGUGCAAGCCUAAUGUUUUUAUCUUGUGGCUGGAUGUGCAGACUGGUGCAUGCGCAGGGUGUCUGCUACAAAAUCACGCAACAGCACAUACAACUCACACACAUUUUGAGUCAGUCUAGCACCUUUAUCCAGAGUCCUACAGUGUAGAAACGAAGCAAAACUUAAGCCAUUAUUCACAAGAGUUCACUCAGGAGUUAUUUAAAGAGCUAUUGCUGAUGUUUCUCAUCCUUAGAACUGACUUCUCAGAAAAAAAAUGCAAGCCCUCUCUGGAUCUUCUUCUCUUCUAGCCCUGUCGUUUGGUGUGUGACUACUUUGUGAUAUUCUUAAAUAACUCAGGGGAUAAGACUUUGUGAAUAUGGCUCCUGUUACCGUGCACUCCAAAAUAUCAUUCACAGGAACAGAGCGAUCACUCGCCAAAUCUGUGAGAGCAGAGAGAGCACUAAAGAGUUAGGUAGUCAUAGACAUAUUUUUGUGAUAGCAAGGAGUGACCUCAAAAAUUCUAUAAAAAGAAAUAUUCAAAAUAAAUGCAUAAUGUGUCAUAUUUUAUUGUUUCUGUAAAUAAGAUGGUAAAUAAAAUGGAACAUGCACUCA